CGCCAUUGCAUGGCAGGACUGCUGGCUCCGCCCUACGGUGUGAUGGACAGUGGAGCCAACACUGACAGAAUGCCAGAUAAGGACAACCUGAACAACGACCCGCUUAACUUCCUGACUAAGAACCUGAACAAGGUGCCCUCAGAGAAGAUGCUGAGGGCAGGGAAGGUGUCUCGUAACGCCAUCUUGGCCAGAGCUCCUCACAUGAUCAGAGACAGGAAGUACCACCUCAAGACAUACAGGCAGUGCUGUGUGGGCACAGAGCUAGUGGACUGGAUGUUGCAGCAGAGUGUGUGUGUCCACAGUCGAGCCCACGCUGUCGGCAUGUGGCAGUCACUGCUGGAGGAGGGGGUGCUCAACCACGUGGACCAGGAGCUCAGCUUCCAGGACAAGUACCUGUUCUACCGUUUCCUUGACGACGAGGACGAGGAUGCGGUGUUGCCGAGCGACGACGAGAAGCGUGAAGCCGAGGAAGAGCUGCAGGAGACCCUCCUCUUCCUCUCCCAGAUCGGGCCCGAUGCACACCUGCGCAUGAUCCUCCGCAAGCCGCCUGGGCAGAGGACAGCCGAGGACCUGGAGAUCAUUUCCGAUGAGCUGCUUCAUAUCAAAGCCCUGUCACACCUCUCCAACACUGUUAAAAAAGAGCUAGCAGGUGUAAUAAUCUUCGAGUCACAUGCCAAAGCAGGCACAGUGUUGUUCAACCAGGGGGAGGAGGGCACAUCCUGGUACAUCAUCCAGAAGGGCUCAGUGAACGUGGUCAUCUACGGCAAGGGGGUGGUGUGUACGCUGCAUGAGGGCGAUGACUUUGGGAAGCUGGCGCUGGUGAACGACGCCCCGAGAGCUGCCUCCAUCGUGCUCCGAGAGGACAACUGCCACUUCCUGCGCGUGGACAAGGAGGACUUCAACCGCAUCCUCAGAGAUGUUGAAGCUAACACAGUGCGUCUAAAGGAACACGAUCUGGAUGUUCUAGUCUUGCAGAAGAGUCUUCGAUCCUCCAGCCAUGCAAGCGUCCCUGCCCACUUUAAGUACACUGUGAUGUCAGGAACAGCAGAGAAGAUUCUAGAACAUCUACUGGAGACCAUGCGGCUUGACCUGCAUUACACAGACCCAGACCCUGCGCUGGAUGACUUUGUGCUCAUGCAUGGUGUCUUCAUGCCCAUCAGCCAGCUAUGCCCAGCGCUGAUCGCCCACUACCAUGCCCAGUGUUCCCAGGGCUCUGAGCAAGAGCGGGUGGACUACGCGGUGGCCAGUAAGAGGCGGGUGCUCAGCAUGGCGCUGCGCUGGACCAACAUGCUCGCCCACAACCUGCUGGAGGAGGACACCGCGCUCAGCUUCCUGGAGGAGCUCUUUGGGUUCGUAUCUAAUGACGCACGGGUACUCCGGCCUCUGAAAGACCUGCACUCUGAUCUGGAGAAGAUUGUCAAAAGCUAUUCGGAUGACGUGAGGUCUGCCCAGAAGAAGCAUAAAGUUCUUUUGCGCCAAUUCAGCUCUGGAGAAGAAAGGCUGUCAAAACGGCAGCCAAUCAGAUGCUUCGAUGACAUCCUGUUGAAGGUGUACUGCAGUGAUCACACCUACACCACUAUCCGUGUACCUGUGCUGGCCUCGGGCCGCGAGGUGACUGCAGCCGCGAGCGACAAGCUGGGGGCCACAGAAGACCUGCUGCUCGUCAGCUUCAGCUCAACAGGAGAGAAACUGAUCCUGAAGACCAAUGAAGUGUCAGUCUUUCAGGCCCUGGGCGUCAACAGCCGUCUGUUCGUCUGUCCGCGAGACCAGCUGGACACGCUGGCUCCUCUGCCCGAACAGGAGGGCCCCUCCUCUGGCUCCAUGUCCAGCUUUGAGCUGAUGAGCUCCAAGGACCUGGCCUUCCAGAUGACCCUCUACGACUGGGAGCUCUUCAGCUGUGUGCACGAGCAAGAGCUGGUGUACAACACGUUCGGGCGUCAGGCGUACCGGAGGAGCACCGCCAACCUGGCCCUGUUCCUGCGCCGCUUCAACCAGCUGCAGUUCUGGGUGGUGACGGAGGUGUGUCUGUGCGGCACGCUCAGCAAGAGAGUGCAGCUGCUCAAGAAGUUCAUCAAGAUAGCGGCGCACUGUAGGGAGUUCAGGAAUCUCAACUCCUUCUUCGCCAUCAUCAUGGGCAUGAGCAACCCAGCAGUGAGCCGACUCAGUCAGACCUGGGAGAAACUGCCCAGCAAAUUUAAGAAGUUCUAUGCUGAGUUUGAGAGUUUAUUGGAUCCUUCCAGGAAUCACCGGUCGUACCGCCUCACCGUGGCUAAGAUGGAGCCGCCAAUCAUCCCCUUUACGCCCCUCCUCCUGAAAGACAUGACGUUCACCCAUGAGGGAAACAAGACAUUUAUUGACAACAUGGUGAACUUUGAGAAGAUGAGGCUGAUUGCAAACACCAUCAGAACUGUGAGACACUGCAGAAGUCAACCCUUCAACCCCGAGGCUUCACCAGCCAGUAAAAACCCUCAGGAAGUCCGGAACUACGUGCGCCAGAUCACAGUGAUUGACAACCAGAGGACCCUAUCACAGCUCUCGCUGAGGCUAGAGCCCAGGAAGGCCUAAAGUCCACAUUCAGAGCUUCAGACACACACACACACACACACA